UGAAAAUCCAAAAAAAACGGGUAAACUGACAAAACAUGGAGUUGAGAUGACUUGUAGUAUGUGCAAGUCAAAGUCACAUAAUAAGAGAAAGUGUCCAUACAAAAAUAAGGCUACUGAACUACAAUCUCAACCCAAGAAGAGUAGGGGAAGGCCAAGAACGGUCAGGCAGCCAGAAGAAGAAAUUGGUCAUGAUGCUACAACAGCCCAACCAUCUAGAAUUGGGAGAGGAGGCAGAGUGAUUCAUGACAGAGGAUUUCAAGCUGCCAGGGGAGGUCAAGAAAGUGGAAAAAGUGUAAGUAGAAGGGGAAAGGGCAAAGUUCCAGUUGGAUUUGGUGUAAUCAUUGAUGGACAAGGAAAUGCUUGGACUAAUAGUCCCGGGCAGCAAAGAGGGCCGGUGAAUAUAUCACACACAAGUACCUGCAAUUCCGGAGCUCCAACAACUCAUUCAGUGUGAAUCAGAAGGCUAAUAUUGAAGCACAAGCAAUCACUAUUUUGUUAACCUAUUAUGUAGUUCAAGUCCAGUUGUAUGAAGAUUAUGUUACGUUGGUGUACUCUACUUUGUGAAGUGUUGUUUAUUGGUAUUUGUUAGGUCCCCUAGAUUUUGAUAUUCAAUGUAAUAGUUUUGAUGAUGUC